AUGCUCGACCACUGUUCAAUAUCACAUAAAGGAGGAAUAGUCCUUUGGUCGAGGUCAUUUACCCCCGACGCCGCCCAACUCGCAUCAUCGUCUGCCUCACCUGUCAACUCACUCAUUCGAGAGGCUCUAAUCGAGGGUCGGACAGCAGAGGAAAAGUACGAAAAGGAUGGAUACGCCGUUAGAUGGACAUUCGUAAACGAUCUGGAACUUAUAUUUGUGGUCGCGUACCAGCGUAUCCUACAGCUAACAUACGUCGACGACCUUUUGAGCGCCAUCAAGACCCUCUUUAUCAAAUACUUUGAACCGUUCAUUGCUGCAUUCGUUGCCUCUUUGCAUGCUAUCAAUACAGCACGGGCUGCUGCCGUGCAAACGACCUCUUGGGACUUCAGCAAGGCGUUCGAGGGAUGGGACAACAUCUUUGACAAGGUUCUUCGUGGUUUCGAAGAGAAGGCUGCUUUGGAGCGUAAGUCGCGACUCCGAGCGCCCGUCCGGCCAGUUGAGGACCUGAGCACUCCGCCCUCGGAUGACCAGGGAACGGAACCCACUGUGACAGCCGAUACCUCACAGGACGAGCAGCAAAUCGCAAGGAAUGUUCAAGCCUUGAAGAACAGACUCCGGGGGCGAGGCGGUCGUCGUGGUGGCAGAGGAGGUGGACGUUCGGACGCCGGAAGUGGCAGGGACAGCGUCCCCCACUCCGACUCCGAAUUCACUCCAAAGCGCAAAACCAAAACGAAAGCACAACGAAAAUGGGGCGACGAGGUUCCUACAGAGUCCGACAUGGCAUCGUUGGACUUCAGUAUCGAUAAGCCUGAAGACAGCGAGGUCGGAUCGCAUGACCUCCAAUCACUUGUCGAUCAGGCUUCGUUGGGAACUCGAACACGAGAUGGGAUGUAUGAAGUUAAAGACUGGGAAUUCUCUACGAACGACAAGGAUACCGACAACGCCAUCGCUAAUGUACUGAGGCCGAUCGAACACAAAGCUGCUUCGACCUCUGCAUUGGGCUCUCUGUUCGCGCGUUUGACUGGAUCCAAGGUGUUGACAGAGGCUGAUUUGAAACCCGUGUUGGAGGGAAUGAAGCAACACUUGAUGAAGAAAAAUGUCGCCAUGGAUAUUGCAGAGAAGGUCUGUGAAGGCGUUGGAGAGACGCUAGUGGGGAAGAAGAUCGGAAGUUUCCAGACUGUCACCGCUGCUGUUCGAGUGGCCCUGUCAAAUUCUUUGACGCGGAUUUUGACGCCGAAAACGUCAACAGACCUCUUGCUUUCCAUCAAGAACAAACGAGCUUCGGCGUUACCUUCAGGCCAGCAACGCAUGCCCUACAGCAUCACCUUUGUCGGUGUGAACGGUGUUGGAAAGAGUACAAAUCUUUCAAAAGUCUGUUUCUGGUUAAUUCAGAAUGGAUUACGCGUUUUGAUCGCCGCGUGCGAUACCUUCAGGAGCGGCGCUGUGGAGCAGCUUCGUGUACAUGUGCGAAAUCUUGGCAUGCUAGGGGUGAAUGGUGCUGGUGAUAGUAAGGGUCGCGUGGAGCUCUUUGAACGGGGUUAUGGCAAGGAUGCGGCAGGUAUCGCAAAGGAAGCCAUCUUGUAUGCCAAAGACAAUGACUUCGACGUCGUCCUCAUUGACACCGCUGGCCGAAUGCAAGAUAAUGAACCCCUCAUGCGGGCCCUUGCGAAGCUGGUGGCUGUCAACAAUCCUGACAAGAUCAUCUUUGUGGGCGAGGCAUUGGUUGGGAACGAAGCCGUUGAUCAGCUCACCAAAUUCGAUCGGGCUUUGCGCGACUUUUCUUCUGCUUCUGGUGCAGGAAAGGGUCGUGGAAUUGAUGGAAUGUUGGUGACCAAGUGGGACACUGUCGACGAUAAAGUUGGAGCAGCUCUAUCCAUGACCUAUGUCACUGGACAACCUAUCAUAUUCGUUGGCUGUGGUCAGACGUACACUGACCUCCGGCAACUUCGCGUUGCCAAUGUGGUGGGAGCAAUCCUCGAUAACUGAGCGCGCCUACCGAUUGUCGUUUUACGAUUCUCUCUCCCACCCUUCCGAGCAUUUCACCUUGUGCCACUCUUGUUGUAUGUACACGCCAUUUAACUUAUGUUGCCAU